CUCUGCCGGAAGAUACAACGACGCGAAUGGUUCUCUGAGAUCUGCUAGACAAUUAUUUAUUAAGAUGUGGAAAGCGUCGCUGGACAGGGCUCUCCAUCUGCAGCAGGACCUCCGACGCUUCACUAAGCUCUAUGAGCACAUCAUGCUGCUUGUGCUCCUGAUGAACACUGCAAUACAAGUGGCAAUGACAUUUCAAGGACUGGCACCAGCUUGGGUUUAUGAAGCACUGGAGGCAGUCUUCUUGGCUUUUUAUACAAUGGAGUGUGUGUUAAAGCUCAUAAGUUUUGGCUUAAAAUACUUCAAAAGCCUGUGGAAUAUUCUGGAUUUCUCAGUCACUUUGGUAGGGUUGGUAGACCUUUUUCUGGACAGCAAACAGUAUGAUAGUGAGCGUUUCACCACUUUUUUCCACCUCCUUAAAAUGUUCAAAGUAUGUCGAGCGUUCAGGAUCUUACGCACACUGCGGUUUUUCAGUGGUCCCAAGGUCAUCAUGAAAGUAAUAGGAAAGUCUUUGAAGAUGAAUGGAAUCAUCUUCGUGCUCAUGUUUUGCGUCUUUGUCAUGUUUUCCAUUCUUUUCCGACAAAACUUAAGCAAGUCCGACCCAAAGCGAUUUGGUUCCAUGCUCAAUACCAUGUCUACACUCCUCCAGCUGUUGACACUUGAUGAUUGGAUUAGCGUCUAUUACACCAGUCGAGACAAUGGUGCACCUGAUGUUAUCAUCUUCAUCGUCUUGUACAUCUUGACUGAAUACUACAUCCUUUUAAGUCUGAUCUAUGCAGUGACGGUGGACACCAUCCUCAGCCACAGAAAGAAUAUGGUUGAGGAACAGCCGUCGCCGAUCGAGACGACAGAGCAAAUCAGGAGUGAGCCGACUGACGACCAGAUGACCAAGGUUGCCUUCUCAGAAAACAAUUUUUUUGAAGGGAAGAACAUUCGGAUGGAACACUGUUUGAGUAUCCUGGAAGCUCUGGAGAAGAAUCAGCAGUUGUUUCGGAAACAAACCAAUUACCUUUACAGGCUGAUUGAGAGCACUGAAAUGGGACCUUCCUUUUACCAUAGAAAGGAAGCGGAUGAGGAUGAGGAUGAGCUACAGGAAAGCCAGUGAGAAGAUGGUCUCAUUAUAAUGUAGUAUAUGUGUAAUAUAUUCUCUA